UAUGUAGUUUGCUGAGAAAACAUACAGAAUAUGCAUCAGGAGACCAGCUACUAUAAAAUGAGACACGAGAUUGCAUUUGAUGCUACGACUUGAUUGAUAUUUCUGACUCAUCAAAGUGAACAGUUGUGUUUAUGCGUUUGCAUGAGACUGACGCUUUCAGGAAAGUAAGAAAAUUCAUCCAAAACCAAACUGUAAGUUGGAAAACCAAAUGGACACCAUUACAGAAAAUGAACUACUUCUUAAGUUUAAGGAUCUCAUGAAUCAAGGCGAUGGGGAAGAAGCCAAGUUCAAGGAUUGUGAUUAUCUCAGAUUUCUUCGAGCAAGAAACCAUCAAGUUGACAAAGCAGAGCAAAUGAUGGCCAAGCAUUUGGAGUGGAGAAAGCAAGUCAACUUCGAUACGGCGGAUACUUGGGAAAUUCCUGAAAUAAUGAUCAACGGAUUUCCGUAUUUUUUGGAUGGAGUGGAUAAAGAUGGACGAUCUGCUUUCUAUUUUCCUGUGGGACGCUGGCAAAUGCGGCAGCUAGUCGUGGGUGGUUACAAGUCAGAAAUUGAGAGACAUAUGUACCAUUCGAUGGCCAAACUGGCGAAAAUCGUUGAAAAGAGUAAAAGAGAACAGUUCGUAGUUAUUGUUGAUCUCGCUGGACUGUCGUAUUGGCAGGUUGCGCAUUACGAUGUUGUACAAAUGAUGUUACGAGUUUUGCGGGAGUAUGAACAAAAUUUUCCGGAACGACUGCAUGCCGCCGUAGUAAUUAAUGCACCGUGGGCCCUCAAUAUCAUUUUCCCAUCCAUAAAAUCUGUCCUGACGGGAAAUACCAUUCAAAAACUGAAAAUAUUUGACAGCAAUUCCAGCAAUUUCUUGCCACAUUUGUUGGACCUAGUCCCACCUAAAGGACUUCCUGACGGGUUUAGGGAACACAAUCCCAAGCUCGUGAGCUUGUUGAGAAAUGGUAAUAACAACUGAAAUGGAUAACGAGUUAUAUGCAACUUGUAAAUAUUUCCACGGCAAAUGACGACGUGUGGUCAUGAGACUUGAGCCGCAUACUUACCGCAUACGACUCCCUCAUGUGACUAUGACUGCUAUGGACUGUGAAACACGGACAACAAAGUUCUUCUGGGAUUUCUAGAUUGAUAAGUAAAUAACGCAUGCAGAUUUUCCUUGGCUUCUUAGAUGAAGCUGUUAUUUCCUUUCGCAGUGUUGUUUUUAGAUAUGUAGUUAAACCAUUCGUGGGAAAGUGAGAUUCCAAGGUUCACGAAGAGUAUUUAUGCAUGUGGGAUUGAUACUGGUAGUGGUGUAAUAAAUAAUUCUAAUUAAUUGUGAUAUAUAGAUUAUAAGUAAGUACUACAUACAAGUAGACAUAAGUAAUUGCGCAAUAGCGGACAAAGAAAUCAGUUGACUUGCUCAAAGUCUAGAUGACCAGAUUAAUGAUACGUACAUACAUAUUUGCCUGGAACGUUGCAUGUCACGUAAAACCGUCAAAGUCUACCGAUAAUUAUUGCUGAUCAAUUAUGUAACCUUGUAUUUACAACUUAGAUAUUGACGAUAUUGUUAGUUUACGACAGAAUAGUCACGUUAUAUGUACGUACAUUGGAUAAUAAUAACGUACUGAUUACUGUACACCUGCAUUCUCACGAUGACACGAUUAACUGUACUCUUUUAGGUAGCUGACUGCCUGGCCUACGUAUACCAAUUAACACUUGUAAAUAUAUUAUCUCCAUAAAUAUACUGUAACAUUUGCAAAACCAAUUAUGCAAUUAUGUAUGCAGUUGAAAUUUAAUUUUGGAUCUGACUAUAUGUGAAGUGAACUCAUGAAAUAAAAAAUUGGGUGUAAAUGUAAUG